AGUUACACGCGGAUGCACCACACUGGUGACUGGACAGCCUGGAAGCAACAAGCUCAGCUGGACUAACGCCCACCGACGCAGUGGCGCAAAGUUGUCGGUGUUCAGAAGGAAAACAGCAGAAACAGGAGCUGUUUAUUCCUACAGCAGCGUAGCGUGAACUGAGCUGGAGGUGAGAAGAUGUCCGCGGUAUAUAAAGAGGAUCAGGAGGACUGGUUGACUGUUUGUCUCAAAUAUCUGCUUUUUGUUUUCAACUUUCUCUUUUGGGUGGGUGGAGCUGCCGUCUUGGGAGUAGGAAUCUGGACCCUGGUGGAGAAGAGUGACUACUUAAGUCUGCUGGCCUCCAGUACCUUCGCUGUCUCAGCAUAUAUUCUCAUCCUGGCUGGCAGCUUGGUUGUAGUUACUGGUUUCUUAGGCUGCUGUGCUGUCAUCCGGGAACAGAGAAGCUGUCUGUCAACGUAUUUCUUCUUCCUGUUGCUGAUCUUCCUGAUUGAGCUGGUAGCUGGAGUACUGGCUUAUGUGUAUUAUCAGAGGCUGAGCGAGGAGCUCAAGCUGCAUCUGAACCAGACGUUGGCUGAGAAUUAUGCCCAGCCCGGGAAGGAGGCCAUCACAGCAGCAGUGGACAGCCUGCAACAGGAUUUCAAAUGCUGUGGAAGCAACAACUCCCAGGACUGGAUGCUGAGUGUGUACAUUCUGUCAGCGCAGGCAGAAAGCAGAGUGGUGCCUGACAGCUGCUGUAAAACAAUCACGCCUUUCUGUGGGAUGAGGGACCACCCCUCCAACAUCUACAAGGUGGAGGGGGGUUGCAUCACUAAGCUGGAGGAGUUUCUUACAGAACACCUUCUGGUCAUUGGUGCUGUGGGGAUUGGAGUGGCCUGUCUUCAGCUGGCCGGGGCACUCUUGACAGCCUGCUUUAUCUAUCUGCUUUAUAAAGAAGAGGAAGAGGACUUUGGUGCAUUGUAAUUUGGCUCUAGAGCUCCUUGGCGUACUAAAUCAUGUGCAUAGACCAGAUCUGUGGGAUGGUUCUCACCUGCUGCUUGCACAGGAGGAUCAAGACGGAGCCUUACUGAGGCUUUAAUAGGCAGAUGGAACGUAGCCUCCUGACACCCGGCUUCCACCUGUGGAUCUUAAAUUCUGAGCUAGCCAAGCGCACAUAUUUUCCACCUUAGAGUCUGUAAACUACAGGAGCAUCCCAUCCCUUUAUCUUGGCUCAUGCAUGCUGUGAUUUGGGCAGGACAGGAAACAAAAACCUUUAAAAUGUUGCCGUUUACACAAUUAAUGCUGAACCAACUUCUGAAUUUCACCUUUUUCUCCCCUAGCUUGAAAUGUAUUUACUCUUUCUUUGCUCGGAGUCUGUCUAGAGUUUAGGAUUCUGCUGUUUGGCCCAAUCCCAAUACUCGCACUUACACCCUUGUGCCCUUCAUUUGCGCGUUCCCGGCCAGGGGUGCGAGUGCGUAGGGUGUCCCGAUUCUCAAGCCCCCAUUGCACCCUUAAGCUGCACUUCACCCACAGGCAAGGGUAUUACCCACAAUUCAUUGCUGCGGGAGAAAUGGCUCAAGUUUCUUUUCUGAAAAUAUGUAUUUUCUAAUAAAAUUAGUUCAUUUUAGGAUGAUUAGUCGAUGCUCUGAAAGUUUUAGACAAAACAGCAAUAAAGUUAAGUUUAAUUGCUUUGUUGUUUGCUUGAAAGUUGUUAAUAAAGGUUUUUGAAAAAAGUUUCACAGCUACCAGCAUCCCAGCAUGCGUUGCGAUCGAUGACGCAAUGCUCCUCAUCUCAAUUCUGCAAUUAUUUACACAAUUGUGUACCACACACUCGAACACUACUGCGCACUUCCUCCAAGUGCACUUCGCUGAAGUCCGCAGGGCGCAGUGCGAGUAUUGAGAUUGGGCCUUAUUUAGCUUUCUGUUAAUCUGUGCCUUAAAUUCUUAAACUACCACGAUACAUUGGGGAAUGAAAAUUAUUGUAUUUAUUUUCAUACUUAUUUCUAUUUUCAUGCACAAAGAUGUCUAAAAAAUCAUAUAUUUGUAACGAAAAGGCAAAUUGGUCCUUUUCAAAAUGAUGUAUAAGUCUUUGAGUGCUUGGCUCCACCUAGUGACCAGAAUUAGUGAUGUAUUAUCAGAUGUUUCUGUUGAAAUGGUUUAGAAACGUGUAGAAUGACCAUUCUAUUCUUAAAUUCCCAUUAAUUCAUUAAUCUUAUUUCAUGACUUUUCUGGACCCUGCUCUGUUUGUUUUCUACAUGGACGCUGAUGACAAGGGCAGGCUGCUGUAAAACAAAGCAAGAUGGGACUUAUUAGAAAUAUUUUCUGCCUAUCGUAUCAUUUUAAGUUUGUUUAUGUUAUAAAUAGCAAAUUCUUAGUUUGAUUAAUUUGCACUCUCUUCAUUUGUUUGAGAUUUUUUAUUUAAGUCUAUAACAGGAAAAUUAACGUUUGUUCAAAGGCUGCUUUCUCAUGUUAUUUAUAUCGACUCUUUCUUGUUUUCCCGAUUCACUUCAAACUGAAAAUGUGUGUAAAUUACAAGAUGAUCGAUCACUGGAAUGUGCUUCAACUAUUGAUUUGUUUUUCCACAGAAGGAUUGAAUGCUCUUAAAUAAAUGUCAAAAGUGUGAUGCA